AUGCAAGGCGGGGACAACUUUACUCUUCGCCGCAACGAGAAAGAAGAUCCCGUUGCUUGCCUACCACACAGGGCGGGGACGACUUUUCUCUUCGUUGCAGUUAUUUUCUGCAACUCUUCACCACAACUCAAAAUUCUUCACCCCAACUCUGCGUCGCAAUUCUUCGCCCAAACUCUGCGCCUCAAUUCUUCACCUCAAUUCUGCGCCAUAAUUCUUCACUUCAACUCUCUACAGCUGAAUCCAUUUGCCUUCCAUCUCACCUCAAAAGCAGCAACUACAGCACUAACUCUAAUCCCGCACGCCGUUCUCUCCCAAACCUCCUCCCACACUUCACCGCUCUCAACUACUUCCGGCGCUUCCAGCGGCUGCUUCACGAAAUCUCCGGAGGGUUACUUAAACUGCGAUGGCGUCCGCGUGCAGGACAUAAUGGAGGCGGUCGAGCGUCGCCCCUUCUAUCUCUACAGCAAAGAUCAGAUCACUCGGAACUUCGAAGCGUAUCGAGAGGCUCUUGAAGGCUUGGGAUCGAUCAUUGGGUAUGCCGUCAAGGCGAACAAUAAUCUCAAGGUUCUUGAGCACCUACGGGAGCUGGGUUGUGGAGCGGUGCUUGUCAGUGCGAACGAGCUCCGACUCGCACUUCGUGCUGGCUUUGAUCCUACCAGAUGUGUAUUUAAUGGAAAUGGGAAGCUGGUGGAGGAUCUUGUUUUGGCUGCUAAAGAAGGGGUGUUUGUGAAUAUUGAUAGCGAGUUUGAUCUGGAAAAUAUUGUUAUUGCGGCGAGAAUAACGGGAAAGACGGUUCGAGUUUUACUUAGGAUAAAUCCAGAUGUAGACCCCCAGGUGCAUCCAUAUGUAGCGACAGGCAACAAGAAUUCAAAGUUUGGUAUUAGAAAUGAGAGGCUGCAAUGGUUCCUAGAUUCCGCAUUUCGAAUAUGUACUGAUUUUGGUAGUUUAAGGAAAACCCCGGAGGCAUAUACUGUCGAAUAG